GUCAGAAUGGUGAAAAACUGCAUGAUUUUGAAAGAAAUUUUGGCCAGGGGGGGGGGGGGGUUCGCCCGAACCCCAAGCCCCCCCCCCCCUGGCUACGGGCCUGCAUCUUAUGAAGUUAAGUUCAUUCCUUCAGAACUAAUGACAAUUAGAGAUUUGUUCUUGAUAAUAUUAGACCCAAGGGAUAUCAUAUUUUGUGGGAAAAUUGUGCAUUCCAGUAGGGGUUCAUGGCCAUUUGUGAUGACUGACCAUGUGUGUCCAAACAAGAAUGGUAGAAUUUCAAAAAGUGUAAAUCAGAGCAUUAUGACUCAGUUAUUGAAAAAAUAAAGCAGAAAUGGUGAACAGGCCCCAAAAUAUCACAGAAGUAUAUAUUUAUUCAGAUGCUUUUCAACUAAAACUGAUCAAACUGAGAACAAAAUUAAGACUAUAUUAUUGUUAACUAAUAUAACCUCAUUUGAAAAAAAUGUACCACUUUGAAACAAGUAUUUUUAUUGCACUUUGAAAAAGUUCUAUAUUGUCAAUAUCUUCUUUUGCUUAUCGGCCUUUGUGCGUCUGGAUGAGUUGGUGGGCGCACCAUAAAUCAUGUACUGUAUAUCUUGUCAUCAAAAUUCCAGGAAAAUUGUUAGCCAUUUAACUUAAAUUUCUUUCAGUUGUAAGAAUAGAUAUCUAGGUUUUAGGGCUUGUUUGUUAAAUCAAAUGACAGCCAUUUUGCUCUUUAAAGUGCGAUA